CCAUUCGAGCCGUGUUGUUAUUAUCAUCCUGAGCUAGCUGUCAACCUCGACCAUGUCUUCAGACUUCGAAGCCUACGAGCAGGACUUCGGCACCGCCACGGCCGAGAUAACCAACAAAAUCGGCAGAGUUCCCAAGCUGAGCGGAGAGGAGAAGACGCAGCUGGUUCUAAAUGUCGACAAACAGCUUGAAGAAGUCAGAGAGUUGCUGGAGCAGAUGGACCUGGAGGUGCGGGAGAUUCCCAUCCAGAGUCGAGGAAUGUUCAACAGCCGACUGAAGAGCUACAAGCAGGAAAUGGAGAAGUUGGAGAAAGACUUUAAAAGGUCACGCAUUGCCUACAGUGAUGAGGUGCGCAACGAUCUCCUGGGGGACGACGCCGGCUCCUCCGCGAACCAGAGAGCGCAUCUGUUGGACAACACAGAGAAGAUAGAAAGGUCAUCGCGGAGACUGGAGGCCGGCUACCAGAUAGCAGUGGAAACUGAACAAGUGGGCCAGGAGAUCCUUGCCAACCUGCACACCGACCGUGAGAAGAUCCAGAGAGCCAGAGAAAGACUGCGAGAAACAGACGCCAACCUGGGCAAGAGUUCUCGCAUCCUUACCGGCAUGCUGAGAAGGAUCAUCCAGAACCGAGUCCUGAUCUUCGUCCUCGGAGCCAUCAUCCUGCUCACCAUCAUCCUGGCCCUCUAUUUCAAUCUGCGAGGCCACUGAUCUCUACACACACAAACACACAAGCACACACACACACACCCCCCUUCCCGACACAAAUACAAACACACACACGCGUGAUUAAUAGCGACAAAAGCGUUGUUCUGCUGUAAUUAGGACAAAUGGUCCCCAUGAAUCACUGUUUCCAAAGCCUGACAGGGAGCUUUUUUUUUUUCCAUCUCUUUCCCGUUCGAUGUCCCCUCCUCUCUUUCUUUCUUUCCCUCUCUUACCUUUUUUCUUUUUUUCCUCUCUUGUCUUUUCUCCUCUUCAGCUUUGUCCUCUCCCUGUCGGGCGUUCUCCUACAUUUCCAGGGACAAGAAUAUUUUGGGGGGGGGGUGGCGAGAUGUUUUUAUGAUAAGUCAUAUUUUUCACGGCGUCAUCCUGCAGCUCAUCGGGUCCCGAGGUGAACGAGACAGGUUCAGAUAUUUAGAUGUUUUUAGUUUCUUUUCUGUGAUGAGUGGAGGGUCAAGUGUCGUUCGGGUUGCAUGUGUACAGACACAAAGAGAGAGAGAAAGAGAGGUAGAACAAUGUGUUUGUUACGAACACCAACAGUAGAAACAAAUGAUUCAGCUGUUCUUCAUGUGGCCCGAGCUCAGAUAAAGAUUUACUUUCUCACACUCCUGCUUCAAAACACCCGGCCGAGCCCAGAAUAGACGAGUGGCUCUGCUUUGAAAAGACGACGCUCGUGAAAAAGGUUGAAGUCAGUUCACUCGAGGUGAAGGUUCAUUUUUAUUAAUAAGUCAACGGUUUGUUUAGAAUUCGUACUUUCAAAGAAAGAUACAUGAAGAUUUCAAGAGUUUAAAAUAGUACAAAAUGAUAAUUUAUGAAGUUUUAAUAGAAGAUGGAACUGACUAACACUCCAGAUCCAGGUUUAAUAUCCAUGAUUCCACAGAACGUCCCAAACACAGAUUUCCUCUCUCAUCCUCGCAGACUUUAUGACAUAACUCUCAUUGGAGAGAAUUAUAUGCAUCGUGUUUGUAUUAACAUUUAAAACAUGUGUAGUGUUUCGCUCUAAAUGCAAGUGAUUCUGUUACUAUUUAUUUAUAAAUGAGUUUACAAUUAAGUAUCUGUGAUGGAACUGUAUAUCUGAUCAGAUCUGUAGGUUUUCACAAUUAAUAUUAAUCCUGUUUUGUUUGUUUCCUGAUUCAGUGAUUAGACACAAUUCAGAUUUCACACCAGGACCAACAGAAAUGUUUGGAUUUCUAGUUUUCUGUCUUAACUCUUUUAUUUUGUAUUUUUUCUUCUGUUCUGAUAAAUGGAUCUAACUUG